AUGACCGAACCCAUCUCCGACCGGGCAAGUGAGCUGGUUCGUGCCCUCGAUUUGCCGUGGCGAUGGGCGCCGAGAGGGACGUAUUCUCCUGAUGGAAACCCAGGCGGGCUAGUAAGCUUUGCCACUGCUGAGAAUCCUCUCGUCCACCAGGACCUAGAGGACUUUACUCGUGAAAAGGUCUCAAUAUCUCAAGCUGCAUUCACUUAUGGGUACAGCACAGCUGGUGGAACGAGACUGCCCGUGCUUCUAGCCCAGCAUCUAAAUGAGCAUUUCAAGCCUUCUCGACCUCUAGAUGGCAGCGAAAUCCGGAUAACUGGGGCGGCAACCGCCAUGCACGAAAUCUUAGGCUGGGCAGUAGGAGAUCCCAACGAUGGCAUCUUGACUUCUAAACCCGUCUACGGCCGGCUGGAACUCGAUUUUGGAAAUAAGGCUGGUCUGAGAAUGAUUUAUGCCGACACAACCUGGCAGAAUGCUUUUGAUCCGGGAGUCGUCGAUGCUUUCGAGAAAACCUUGGCCGACUCUCGCGCCGCCGGAAUAAACAUACGUGCCCUUCUCAUCAUCAAUCCCAACAACCCAGUCGGACGUUGCUACCCCAGGAAGACGCUUGUGGAGAUCAUGAGGUUUUGUCAGAGGCACCAAAUUCAUUUGAUCAGCGACGAAAUCUAUGGAUCAUCGGUCUUCAGCGACGACCUUCCCCCUUUUACUUCCGCCCUGUCGAUCGAGCCGGGAAUUAUUAACGAUAAACUGUUACACGUGACCUAUGGCUUCAGCAAAGACUUUGGAGCGGCUGGGUUGCGUCUCGGCUGCAUUGUGACGCGAAAUGCUUCCAUAUUGAAGGUAAUCCAGAUGACGGCUCGCUUCCAUAAUCCUUCGGGUGCUUCUAUAGCCAUUGCCAACGCUAUGUUGGAGGAUCGAGACUGGUGCAACACGUUUCUUGCUACCUCCCGGCGCAAAAUAGGAGAGGCCUACGCAUUUAUGACCGCAGGGUUGCUGGAUCUGGGGAUAGACUUUGUCCCAGCUAAUACUGGCUUCUUCGUAUAUGUCGAUCUGUCUCCUUACCUAAUCCAAGGUACAGCAGAUGCCGAGUUUGACCUCUCCCAGAGGCUUUUAGACGGGGGCGUCUUCUUACACCCUAAGGAGGAGCAUGGUGGAAUGGGUUGGUACAGAAUGGUCUAUACCCAGGACCCAAGGAUUGUGGCAGAAGGACUACGACGGCAAGUAUCAGCCGCUCUGUUUAUUUGA